GCUCGCUAUGCUCAACAUCAACAUGCGUUUUUUCGCUUUCCUCAUGACUACCGGCCUUGUCUAUGAAAUAACUCUCGUUGGUGGAAAAAAUGCAAGCUCCCACCACAGUGACAGGAGGUGCUCUACACCAUUGAUGGAGGAAGUGAGAUUCUGUGGAAACCUGAGGAUUUGGAGAUAUUUCUACAACCAUACUUCCCACCAGUGUCAACAAUUUAUGUGGGACAACUGUCUUGCCGAUGGCGUCCAUGGAACACGCAUCGCCUGCGCUAGGAAGUGCAACAAAGGUGAACAACCAGGAAUUUGUGCCCAUGACCCGGCCGGCACUUGCACAAUAUAUCCUCCCUCUUCCGAAUAUUAUCCAAAAAAGAGCUUCUUCUACAACAUAACAUCCGAAAGAUGUGAAGAAUAUCAAGUGUGCAUGUCUCUUGGCUAUAUCCUCCGACAAAACUCAUUUGCAUCAAGAACACUGUGCAUAAUGCACUGCCGUGGCUUCUCACGGGAGGGCAUUUCCCAAAAAGGGGCUGAAUAGCAAUAAUCGUCAUCCCCUACUCCAUCAAUGGAAGAACAAGAUCGAAAAUCUCUCCUGGAUGGAUACGGGCGUAUUCUCGCUUAACGAGGGAAGUUAUAUCGAAGAUUCAGACGAGGUUAUCAUGAGCCAGCGAAACAGACUUCACCACAUAUAUGCUAUACGCUGACGAUAUGCAUCUGACAUCCUUCUGUGUACGUCCCAAUGUCAAUAAAGACGUCUGUAUGUGCGCGGAACCAUAAACAAUAUAAACCAACACUGAAAUCAGCGGACAGUUUCUUCUCACUGUUUUUUUUAAAUAUUUAUUCACGUACUGUUGCCACAGAAUGUAAACGCAAUCACAUGUGCAAGGUAAACGCUGCACGUUCAUAUUCGCCAGUGCUAACAGCAAUAUCCGAUAACGCAGGAUCUGCGGCAAGCGUUUCCAAGGCGCUGCAUACUUAAUGGGAUUAACGUUUCCGGAGAAAAGACAAUAUAACAAUAAAGUUUGCUUUGAGCAUAUGCGAGAAUGUUCAUAUCUUACGUUCUAUUGUGCACAGUGUAUACUGUGCAUCAAUCUAUUUUAUCUUCUACACUGUGUAUAGUGCGAGUAUAAACAGUGUACAGAGUACAGCGUAUCUCUUUUGCUGAGUAAACGAAACGGAAACCCUUUGAGCAACCUGCGUAUCGACAUAUGGACGUUUAUUUAGCCUCCUUUAGAAUUAGCUCUGCUAUAGUGCGGAUGCGGGCGGAUACUCCGC